GAGGCCGAGGAUGGCGAAGCUGCUAUGGCUGAUGACGAUGGCGACGAUGGCGAUGGGGAUGAGAAGCGAAGGAUGGGGAGACGGAAGAAGACACGUGACUCUUCAACCCUUUCCUUCACCCUUACGACUUCGCGGAGGCUUCUUUGGUUGGUGGAACCAGCAGCAGCAGCAGCAGCAGCAGGAAAUGUUAAUACAGCAGCAGCAGCAGCAGCAGCAGCAGCAGCAGCAGCAGGCCGAGGAUAAGCCGCUGCACGUGCAUGCUGUGGAGUACGGGCUGGCGGGGACGAUGGACGGGAUCCGGUCAGGCAUUGGGCAGGGAGUAGGAAGUGAACUAGCUCGAGCUGUUACCUCAGCAAUGCAGCAUGGCGGACACGUGGGACAACUCGCCUUCAUCCAUGCGGUGUCCGCCUGGAGAGGCCGCCAGCGGCGUUCACAAUGCCCAGCGGUGAGGAGCGGUGAGGAGCAUGGCGAUGCGGCUGCAGGAAGGCGAUCCUUCGUCUGCUUCGUGACAGCGCCAAACGAGGAGGUGGCGACGAACCUCGCGCGCGAACUUGUCGCGUCAGGAUGCGCCGCCUGUGUCAACCAAGUUGGAGGAGUCACGUCGACCUACAUGUGGGAAGGAAAAAUCCAGACGGAUUCAGAGGUUCUUCUAAUCAUCAAGACAGUCGAGGAGAGAAUCGCUGACAUUCAGGAGAAGAUCAAGGAGACUCAUCCUCAUUCAGUGCCAGAGUUCAUCGCCAUGGACAUCAGUGCAGGGCUUCCGGAGUACAUGCAGUGGCUGCAG